UGUAGUAAAGGGGCGAUUUAGAGAGACAGUCAAACAAUGGAUUUAAUUAAGAAGAGGAAAAUGGCCAACACGUCAACCAGAAGUAAGUCUAACAAGCCUACUUUUGUAUCCGAGUGGGAUAUGUAUGACAUCCAUAACGACAUGGAGGAAAGAACUGGGAAGGAGAUGCAAUUUAUGAAAAAAGAAGUAAGUGAUGAAUCUAAAGAAAGCAGCAAAAUAAAAUUCAUCGCUAAAUCGUCACCAUAUGAAGGCGUGAAUAUCACACCUAAAGAACAAUUUGAGUCAGUGGCAAAAAGUGAAGCAUUCUUAGAUGCCUGUGCAAGAAUGGAACGGCUGUUAGGGAGUAACACGUAUCGAGAUCAGCAGAAAGCAUUCAGGGGACUUAGGCAGCCGGAUCCAUUUCGUCUGGAUGUACAAUUUAGGUAUCGUUUGGAACUGCUGUGGUCUUUCACAAGUGACUAUGUGCGUGGAAGAACUGUUACAGGUAUGUGUUGGAAUUCGUUAAACACUGAUUUAUUAGCCGUAGGAUACGGAAAAUAUUUUUAUAAAGAUCGUAAAAAUGGUCUUGUAUGCUGCUGGACUAUAAAGAAUCCCACUCAACCUGAAAGAAAAUAUAAAUUCGACAGCCCUGUAACAUCCGUUAACUUUUCCACAGACCGUCCAAACCUACUGGCUUGCGGAUUUCAUAACGGCUCGAUAGUAAUUCUUGAUAUUUCUGCAAGGAAUAAAACUGUUAUUGCUCUUAGCAAUCGUGAAACUUCUCCAUCAUACGAACCAGUAUGGCAGAUAUUUUGGUUUCGAGAGGAAGAAUAUCAGCGGAAAGAAGAACAAAUUAUGACGUGCUGUCAAGAUGGCCGCAUCUGGAAAUAUCGCAGAGAAGAAACUCUCAGUUGUCUUCCUAUGAUGUUGGUAACGCGCAUGGAGGGGACGAUGAAAGGUAUUGAUCAGCCUAGGAAAAGCAGAGCUCACGAUAUCCCCGUAUCGCGCCAUCCUGCUGCUUUAGUUCUUACACGACAUCCAGUGGAUACACUCACGUAUUUUGUCGAUUGGUGCGUCAGAAUUUGGACUGAAGAUGUUGUACAGCCCCUCUUGACACUUAACACAUCGAUGGAAUCUGUGCAAGGUGCAGCUUGGAGUCCUGUCAGUGCGACCAUCAUUGCUAGCAUUAGUGCUAACGAUAUCCAUCUGUGGGACAUUAAACAUAAGAUAUUUGUCCCGGCUUCCACAGCAACGUCACCAACUGACACAGGAAACCUGAUGAUUCAGUUUACAGCGUCCGGACUGAACCUGGUGAUUGGCGAUGGUGAAGGAGCUGUUCAUGUCUAUGGAUUGCAAGACAUGCCCUUUUCUCCUUUCUACCAAGAAAUAGCUCUCAUCCAGGCGAUAAAGAAAGCGCUUGUAACUCGUCCAGAGUUGCUAAAAAUACUUAAGAAAAUAGGGAAACCAUUUUACUAAAAGCCAAGACAUUCUUAAAACCGAGCAUUAUAUCUCUCUUCUAAAACUAAUGGUUGUAUUAGUGACCAUUAUAAAAGUGAUACGAAGGAACAGUGAUUUUAUUCAAGUCUGAUUUAUUUAUUAUUUAUUUACUGCGGUUUCUGUACAAAUACGAUCUUACAAAUCCAUCGUAUCGUACAUCUUAAAAAUAUGGAACUCUGCAUUAAAAUUUCAGUCUAUUUAUAAAGCACAUAUACACGUAUAUACAAUUUGAUCCAUGCGUAUAUUCGUAGAUAGGCCUAUGAGCAGUUAGGAAAGAAAUCUUCUGACAUGUAAAACUGAUUUAAAUGGUUAAAAAAUGAAGUAUUUUAUUAGGAGGCACAUUUUCUAAUGUCUGCUAACUGGAGAUUGAAGUAAUAGUUGGAAUUAUCUCUAGAAUUUUAAUUCCUGAUAGCCUCAUCUAGGGUCCUCUGUAAUUCUGGAGCUCGGUACUUUCACCACGCACACACACAGGUGACAUGUUUGUACAUUGUACAAUAAUUACAGCAUACUUUCUAUGGCACUACUCGAGACAUUCAGAAUGGAUAACUUCAAGGCUGAGAAUUCUUUAGUUUAAUAUCUUGCACUUGAUAUAUGACGGGUCGCCAACAGAAUUAUAUGAAUGUUUUGAGAAAAGUGUAUGCUUAUGAAUCCCAGAUUCUAGUUCAUGUUUAGGAUCUGUAAUCAAUACUGGAAACAGUUACUGUGUUGUGAUUUUGGGCAUCAGUUGCACAUUUGGGUAUAAUUGCCUGCAUAAUAUAUGAACUACUUAUAUAACAGCAACUACACUUA